GAUGAGGAAGAAGAAGAGGAGGGAGACAAUGGAAAACAAGAAGACAGUGAGAGUGUGACUACACAAAGUGAAGGUGAAGUGGGGGAAGAAAAAGGUAACGCGGCAUCUCCACGCAUUCUUUGUGCUGAAGGUCAUGAAGAGGAACCCGAGGGAAAUAAGGUGACACCAACUGAAGGAAGCGAGCUCUUCUGAGAUCAAUCCAAACGCUGCCAUUAAAGCAGAGGGGAAGGACUGGCAGCGGAUGUUACGACUGGUCAUGUUUCUGCAGAACGAAGGAAACUUCCUCAUUAAAGAAAAUCAAUAUCAAGAGGCUUCUGAGAAGUUCAAGGAGGCCAUAGAAUAUGUGGACACCCUUCAGAAUAUGGUGGAUCGACCGGACGAGGACUCGCUGGAGAAAGUGCGUCUUCCGCUAACUCUGAACCUCAGCCAGUGUAUGCUGGAGCUUAAACAUCACCAGCAAGUGGUGGAGCGCAACGACAAGCUGCUGAAGAAACAUAAAGGUAACUUUAAGGCGGUUUAUCAACGGGCAAAAGCACACGCUGCAUUGUGCAACAAGGAUGAAGCACGGAGGGACUUUGACAUGGUGGAGAAAUUGGACCCAAUGUUCAAGCCCUUUGUCCGCCAGGAACUGAAAAAGCUGAGUGGGAGGGUACGCAUCAUGCACGUCAGCCAGAACAAGACUUACAGGGAGACAACACGGGAGAAGUGGGGGCCUGGCGGGAACAGCGCAAAGAGUGCAGCAAGGAAGUCAAACGUCAAAUGUGCAGAGAGCCAGUGAAGAAAAUACUGAAGUAGAUAAGACGACAGAAGACAGUCAGAUAGAAGACAAUGAAAGCUCAGAGAAACCCGCCUCUGCUGACCGAGGGAGUGGAUGACGCAGACACAGAAAGAUCCAGAUGUGAAAGCCAAGCAGAGUAAUAAAGAGCGAGAGAGUGGGAGAGCGGGUGGAAAGGGGUUAGAUAAUGAAAAUGCACAGAGUUUUGUGGUUCAUGAGGACGGGCAGGGUGCACCAGAUAAGCGAGCAGCAGAUAAAGAUAGCGAUCCCACGCUCACCAGCCCAGGCAAAGAUAAUGUAGAGAGCAAGAGAGCAGCGCAGGAUAAGGUCAGAGAAAAGGUCAAUUGCCAAUCAGGUGCUGCACUCGGCCAAAGCAUGAGCCAAGGGAACAAAGCCACCUGUGAUGAGACAGGAAAGGAUGGCACUCAAUCAGAAUCGACCAAUGGGUUGGAAUAGUCUUGUGCAGGAGGUCAAUAGGAGGAAUGAAUAGACCUUAAACUAACAGCAAUAUGGAUGCAGAAAGUGAGACGGCAUGAAAGACAAGUGAUAAACGGCUACGCCUCAAGUCUCAACGGGACAUAUUGAUUCUGCCACAUACAUUUACAAACAUAAAUACAAGGAGAAAUGUUAAUAUAAACAGACUGAGUU